CCCUCCUCCGAUCUCCUGCCCGAGGAGCGCCCGGUGCAGCGCACCACAAGUCCCAGUCGCUCAGCAGGAGAUCGACCGCAGCUUAAAGCAGCAAAAGCAUUACCACCAACAGCGGAGCUCAGCCAGGGUUUGUGAAGGCAUCACGACAAACCUCGGAGCAUGGAUUCUACCAGGGAAUUGCUGGGGCUGUUCAGCGGCUUGUCAGAGAUCAGCGCUGGGAAGUUUACCAUCGGAUUGCUUGUGCUUUUUCUGUGCCUUCUUUACUGGUAUUCUGUUGCACCUUACUCAAAGCUGGAGCGCAUUGGCAUCAAGCACCCCAAACCACUCCCUUUUGUUGGCAACAUGUUUCUCUUCCAGAAGGGAUUUUUUGAAGUUCAGCAGCAGAUGGUGAAAAAGUAUGGCCGAGUGUGCGGAUACUACUUUGGUCGUCGAGUGACUAUUAUGGUUGCUGACCCGGACAUGCUGAAGCAAAUUCUGGUGAAGGACUUCAGCAACUUUGUGAAUCGAAUGAAAUUGAACAUUGUCAGUAAACCAAUGAGUGAUAGCAUUCUCUUCCUGCAAGAUGCAGAGUGGAAGCACGUCCGUAGCCUCCUGACACCAACCUUCAGCGCCGCAAAAAUGAAAGAGAUGUGCCCUUUGAUUAACCAAGUCACUGACAUUUUAAUGGAGAAUCUGAAGAAGUACGCAGACAGUGGCAAGAGCUUUAACAUCCACAAGUGCUAUGGAAAUUUCAGUAUGGAUGCGAUUGCCAGUGUAGCCUUUGGGACCCAAGUGGACUCCCAAAACAACCCAGAAGACCCAUUUGUGAAACACGCCAAGAUGUUCUUCGAUUUCAGUUUUUUCAAGCCAAUUAUUUUUCUCAGCAUUAUAUUCCCGUUCUUCAUGCAUAUCCGGAAUAUCUUGCCCUACACAAGGCAGAAUGAGAUGAAUAAUUUCUUCAGACGAGUGAUUAAAGAUAUCAUCGCACAGAGGGAUCAGCAGCCUCCCAAUGAGAGACGCCAGGAUUUCCUACAGUUGAUGCUGGAAGCCCGGAAAUCCACCCCCUGUACCAAUGUGGAGAACUUUGACAUGGCCCAAUAUGACGAAUGGUCCGAGAGUCCGAGUGCACAGGCCGCAGCCACAAGCAGCAGCCAGAGAUCCCCGCGCAAAAUGCUGACUGAGGACAACAUUCUGGGUCAGGCUUUCAUUUUUUUCGUGGCUGGGUACGAAACAACCGGCAACACUCUCUCCUUUGCCAGCUAUCUGCUCGCAACUCACCCAGAGUGCCAGGCAACCCUGCUUCAGGAGAUAGAUGAGUUCUGGGAACUUCAUAACACUCCAGAUUAUAUGAAUGUACAGCAGUUACCGUAUCUGGACAUGGUGCUAGCUGAAACCCUGCGAAUGUAUCCAAGUGGUGUCAGGUUUGGCCGUGUGUGCAAGAAGGACUGUGUAGUGAACGGACAAUUCUUUCCGGAAGGUACAACCUUGGAGGUUCCUGUUGGUGCUCUUCACUAUGACCCGGAGUUUUGGCCAGAGCCAGAGAAAUUCAAACCAGAGAGAUUCACGGCUGAGAUGAAAGCGAAGCGCCAUCCCUUCGUCUACCUGCCAUUCGGUGCGGGGCCAAGAAAUUGUAUUGGGAUGAGACUGGCACAGAUGGAGACCAAGAUCAGCUUGAUCAGAAUACUGUCCCAGUAUCGCUUUGAGACUUGCCCAGAAACACAGAUUCCAAUGAAGGUCAGAUCGGUUGGAACUCUUGGGCCAAGAGAUGGAUUGGUCAUAAAGAUUGUACCACGGAGAGUGUAAACCCCUUUUCAACAGCUUGUGGGGAGAAGAACCCAAGAAUGGAUCAAAGCAAGAGGCACUGAACACUGCUUUUGAAUGCAAUUUUUUCUCUAGAAUAUGUAACAAUCUAUGAGGUGUGAUAGCAUGCGACGAUAGGCUAUUAUGUCCAUCUAUGGGGUCCACGGGAAAGCAGAGAUUGCGCUAAUUUUGAAGACACAGCUCUGUUGAUGCCCUAAACUAAUCAGUGUCAAACUGGGUAUUGUGCGUGUUGGGAGAAUUUGAAAACACGGGAGGUGGAUUUUUAGCACAAAAAUGAAAUUUUAGUUCCCGGAAUGAAUUUUUAGCGAGUAGAAUAAUUUCAAGCAGAAACAAGAGUGAGUGCAUUAAAUUAAACAUGUUAUACUGUUAUAGGAAUAGUCAUAUGUUUUUUGGGGUACGUUUCACUAUAACAUUUUGUUGUUAUUAGGAAGUUUUAGUCACAAAUAUUGCUUGAAAAUCUGUACACGACAGAAAAUCUGCUUUUUAUUUCUGAGACUUUUGGAGGGGGAAAUAAAUCAGAUUAAAAUUUGCUUUUUUAACAAACA